GAGGCUGAAUGCGAGAAGACUCGUUUGGAUACACGUUUCCAAGCGGACACUGAAAUCGCAAACUCGACCCGUCAGUUUCAGCUCAAAAAAGCCUCUUUUGAUCAAGAGGUGAACACAGCUAAGGCACAAGCCGAACUUUCCUACAAACUGCAGGUAAUCGUCUUUAUUAAUAAUGAUUAA